CAAAAGUAGUGGGGAAAAGAAACUUUAAGUUUUAAGAGUGGACUCUUAGCGUCAAUCUUUAAGCAAUUUGUAAACAAGCUAGUGUGUCACCGGGUUUGAGAAAAAAAUCAAAAUGAGAAUACGUAUUCACUUGGCUGUUCUAUUCGUGGUUAUAUUCGCGAGCGAAAAUAUAUCGGGUAGAGAGGUGCGUUCAAUAUUCGGUUUCGAAUACAAGCUGCCUUCGAUUAUUUCCAGCAACCAUGAAGACAUGGAAGAAUCGGAAAACAGUGUUAUGGAAGACCCAACAGUACCAUACACUGUGUCAGAACAAGAAUUCACUGCUCUCAGAAUUGAGUACAUCAAGAACCAAAUUCUGAAGAAAUUGCGACUAAAGGAAAAACCCACCACCACAAUAGAAAAUCUACCAUUACCGCUGAGGGAAAAUUACAGUCUUUUGCCUGAAACUGAUGAAAAUUUCUUUAGUCCCGACGAGUUCUAUGCAAAAACCACCCAGGCCAUCGUUUUUCCUUACGAAGAUGAAGCUAAAUGUUCGAGAAAAGAACGCGUCCCAUCUGCAUGUCUGCCAUUUCAAAUGCCAAAUGAUAUCCACACAUCCGAUGUCAGUUCUGCCCAAUUAUGGUUUCAUAAGGAAGAAGAUAUACUGGAUGAGCACAACCAAACCUUUGUGGUUUCAGAGGUAGCUCACUGGGAUACAGGCAAAAGUUUCCAAAAAACCAAACCGAUUGCUAUACAAGAAACUAAUCUAAAAGAGGGUUGGUUAAAAGUUGAUGUAACAUACGUGGUAAAAAACUGGUUGGAAUACCAGGAUUCACCCCUCCACGCAAUUAACGUCGCCUGUAAAACAUGUGGUAUGAACAAAAAUCAAUCGCCAAUAUCGUUCACCAGCAAUUUAAAACCUUUCUUGGUCAUUUACACGCACUCAAGAGGAAGAAAAUCGAUCCACAGAAGGCCCAAACGAUCAAUAACUUGCGAUCCCGGUGUAAACGAAUGUUGCAAAGAAAGUCUUUAUGUUUCAUUUGCCGAAAUCGGAUGGAGCGACUGGAUCAUUCAACCAAAAGGAUAUAAUGCUUAUUUUUGCAAAGGGUCGUGUAUAUCUCCAGCAGCAACUGCUCUAAGUGCUUCAGGGCACCACUCUGUUCUAAGAAAAAUAAUGAACACUCCUCGCAGCAAUAACAACCCCCAAGAAAGGCCAGAGAUAACAUUUUGUUGUGCCGCAACUCAGUUUCUUGAGCUGAAGUUGGUCUACAUAGUUAAUAAAACUGUUAGUGUGAAGUCUUUGCCGAAUAUGAUAGUGGACUCCUGUGGAUGCAUGUAAAGACGCCUUAAUCGUCUAAAUUUAUUUAAGAACAGUAUUUGAAUCUUGUGAUUGUUUAAUCGAUUUAUUCGGUUUAUUCUUCUUUCAGUUUUUUGAAAGCCUUGAGUUCAUUCGGUG